GCAGUCGUCUUCUAUCCUGAAGGAAGAAAUCCAGGUGAAGAAAAACCAUGCCUUUGUUUAGUAAAUCGCACAAAAAUCCUGCUGAGAUUGUGAAAAUUCUGAAAGAAAACAUGGCCAUUUUGGAAAAACAAGAAAAAAAGACAGACAAGGCAUCGGAGGAAGUGUCAAAAUCUUUGCAAGCAAUGAAGGAAAUUCUGUGUGGGACCACAGACAAGGAGCCACCUACAGAAAUCGUGGCUCAGCUGGCGCAAGAGCUAUACAACAGUGGCCUUCUAGUGACGCUUAUUGCCAACCUGCAGCUGAUAGAUUUUGAGGGCAAAAAGGACGUUUCCCAGAUAUUUAACAACAUCUUGAGAAGACAAAUUGGCACACGCAGCCCUACUGUGGAAUACAUUAGUGCCCAUCCACAUAUCCUAUUCAUGCUUCUAAAAGGAUAUGAAUCCCCAAAUAUUGCCUUACGCUGUGGAAUUAUGCUGAGAGAGUGCAUCCGGCAUGAACCCUUGGCCAAAAUCAUACUUUUUUCGGAACAGUUCAGAGACUUUUUUAAAUAUGUGGAAUUGUCAACAUUUGAUAUAGCUUCUGAUGCCUUUGCUACAUUCAAGGACCUGUUAACACGACACAAAUUGUUGGUAGCAGAAUUUCUGGAACAGAAUUAUGAUGCGAUCUUUGAGGAUUAUGAAAAACUCCUUCAUUCUGAGAAUUACGUAACAAAGAGACAAUCUUUGAAGCUGCUGGGUGAAUUGAUUCUGGACCGACACAACUUUGCCAUCAUGACAAAAUACAUCAGCAAACCAGAAAAUCUGAAGCUGAUGAUGAACUUGCUGCGAGAUAAAAGCCCCAACAUUCAGUUUGAAGCAUUCCACGUGUUCAAGGUUUUUGUGGCCAGUCCAAACAAAACACAGCCUAUUGUGGAGAUCCUGUUGAAAAACCAACCCAAGCUAAUUGAGUUUCUGAGCAAUUUCCAGAAAGAGAGGACGGAUGACGAACAAUUCACUGAUGAGAAGAACUACCUGAUUAAGCAAAUCCGAGACUUGAAAAAGCCAACGGCAUGAAGAACUCCUCUCGUUUUCCACUGUAGGCAUUAAUUUCAUUUGUUAAGUUCCUCUGUGUCACUUAAACACCACAUUAGUGCUUGAGAAGGCACAGCAAGUGCCUGGUUUUUAUUUGUCUUUGUUCCUAGAUGUCAAGAGUAUAGGGGUUUUACACGAAAACUAAAAAAACAAAAAUCUAGAAUAAUAUAUUAUUUUAAAUCAAGACUAUAAUUAUUUAUGUCAGUUUAGAAUCUCUCUGUAAUAGAAGCUGGUUUGAUGGAUUUUCAUUUGUGCUCAAGAAGAAUUAACCUCUUUGCUUAACUUUGUCAGCAAACUCAAGCUGUUGGUGAGUGCACAGAGUAGGUCUUCUGAGGACUGUAAUGUUCCUUUGCACCUGUAAUUGUGACUUUGUUCUAGUGCUGCACACACACAAGACUGUGAAAGAGUACGUUUGUCUCUGGAGUUAGCUGCACUUAUAGAUCGGGUUUUUUAGUCAAAACAGUGGGAGAUGAAAAAGCAGUAAAGGUCACGUUUUUGCUUUAUUUUUGUGUUCUUU